ACUGUGUACUGUUAAUUCGCCACGAACUGACCUGAUUGUUGUCAGCACUUCUAGAUUAACACCACUGUCGGAUGGAAUCCUUUCAUUAGUCCUGGAAGUUAAUUAAUUUGCAUCUACAACUGAUAUCUUGACCACCAUGGGUUGCCUUUACACGGAUGAAAGGGAAGUUGACGAUGGAGAAGCUGAAAUCAUCCCGUUUGUCAUAAAGUUUGCCGUUAAUAUCUAUUUUCAAUAAAAUAUCAAAGUACGAAGAAGAUGUGGAAAAUUCUGUAGUGUCUUUUAUUUCGAGUUCACAUGGAUAUAUCGAAUCGACAUAUGAAUGAAAAUGAUUAUUGUUAAUAAAUAAAACGUCAUUGAUAUACAUGUAUCUAAUUGUCGAGUUGAAGGCGACAGCAAGAUAUUUUUUCUUCCCAUGUAGAAGCUUUUGAAUAAACUCUUCUUCAUCAGAAUAUAAAAACAGGUCAGCUAACAAAGGAGCAAAUUCGUGCCCAUGAGAAUUCCAACAAACUAUUGCAAAACCUAAUCACCAAACACUACUAAGAUAUUUUCAAUGACGAACUCAUGCAUAUUUUUAUUUCAAUUUCAGCGUACUUGUGCAUGGAAUCUGGAAUCAGAAUGGUGUUUAACAAAGUUAUUUUUUCGCUGACUGGUCAUAUGUUGUGGCACAAUAUGUUUGAAGUUUUUCCUUUAGAGUUGUUUUGUGAGGGGCAAAGAUUGGGACUUGAUUGAACAUUUACUGCAUCCAGCAAUGUAUCAAUGUAAGGUGUUUUUUUAAAGUUCAGGAAUCCAGUAUAGGUACGGUAACUCAUAUUCAUCCGACCCAUUGAAUGUGAUAUUAAACAUGUUUAAAACAAAAACAUGAUGUUAAAGAAUUCCAUCUUUUUGUCAUCUUUUUUCAUCAUAAAUCAUCCUAGUUGUGAAACCUUUACAUUGCAAUAAAGUAUUCUUAUAUAAUAUGUAACUUACUCUCUAUCCAUGGAUCCACUCACUCAAUGAAAUAACGUUUUCAUGAUUUUCUUCGAUUAAGAAUAAAUUCAUAUCAUUACAUAUGGUCCGGUCAGGAGAACUAAAUUAUUUUACCUAAGAAAUGCCGAAUUCUGAGUUUUUAAGAAACUAUGUAAUGCAUAUUUCUUUUCUUACAUAUGGAAUUUGUAUUCACCAUGCGAAGAAUACCUUAGACGAAGUCUCACACAAAAGGAAACAGUCCAUACCAUUUACUACGCAAUAAUAGUGAAUCGUAUCUAUUAAAGUAAUUCCAUACUCCUGUGACGUCAUAUGAUUUCACAAAAUCAAUGAUUUAUUUAGAUUUAUGCGUGAUAUUACCAUAAAUUUUGUUGGAAUCUUUAUUGUAUUUAUUUAGGUUAUUGUAAAAAUUCUAAGUUAUAUAUUAAUAAAAAUAUGUUUAGAAAUAUUGAAUCCAAGGGCAAUAACUCUGUUUUCAUUGAAUCAUUUAUCAAGUUCCUUAUGUGAUAGAUUUUCCUUAUUUUUUUUUUUUACCGAUAUUUUCAAUAGUUUUGUAAAUAAACAGUUUCAUGAAAUUAUUAUGAAUACUAUUAUAUCGUUUUAACCAGUCUUUGUGAAAUUUUGAUAAUGCUAUUGAAGGAAAAUUGCAAUUUUCUGACGUUAAUAUAUAAUUUUGUAUAUGUAUGUCUCACAUCUUAAAAAGUGUGAUUACCUAUACGUUUAACUUGAUAAUUUAUUAGUUUUAACUCUAAUAAAUUGAAAUAAAUACACAUAUCAAACUUGUAUCAGAGGGUAAUGCGAGUAUGGAGUUACCUUAAUUCAUUUUAGCAACCUCUUUGCAACAUCGAGAUUUUUAAUGUUUAUGUAUAAUGGUGCUUAAAAGCAUGACAAUUUGAAGACAAGGCAAAGAUCCAGAUCUCUCUCUCUCUCUCUCUCUCUCUCUCUCUCUCUCUCUCUCUCCGGUCACAGACUUUUUCCAUCACAUGGAAGUAUGCUGACGUAAGAACGAUAAUUCGUAUAAUACUAUUUUCUUAUUUAAGAUUUACAGUCGAUAGUAGUUAUAUAUUGCUUAGAGAUAUAGAAUACAUUAUACUAUAAUUGAUAAUCAAUACCUACCUUAACACUGAAAAUCCUCCAUACUUCUCCAAUUUUCUUCUCCAUGUAAAAGUGUAAUUUUCGUCAGGUAUGCAGAAGUCGCAGUAGAGUCCUGAGUGGCAAUGUGAUAUGAUUUCAUUCGGAAACCUCUGAUUUUAUACUGCACCUAACACCGGUAAAGAAUACGAUCCGAACACAUUAGUUGGAGUGUAUCGAGUAUAAAUAGAAAUACUGAGGGGCCGUUCUACAUUACUCACUGGAACGCAGGAAAUCGGAGUCUGAACAGACACAAAUUCACAGGAAAUCACAAUGAGAUACACCCUAGCAGUUUUAGUGACUCUCUGGGUGGUGGGUAUUAAUGCAGUUUAUGAGGUACCCGUACAGAAGGGUAAGAUAUGGGGGAGGCAGAAAGAGCGUAAAAUGAAAGGCUGGUGUGAAUUUGAACUGAACGAAUACAGAGAUACAGGGGAAAUCAAAAUGGAUCUCAUCUUUGACAAGUCCACACGAAAUCUCAAGAUAUGGUUAAUGAAUAUUGAGAAAACACUAAACAACGGACGGUCUUAUGAAUUAUCCAACAAACAUCCACAUCAAAACAUGCUGCUAAAAGUUAAAUUCAUAUUAUCAUAUACUGGUGGAAAGAAAAACUACCCAAAGGGUAAAUGCAUAAGUAAUAUUACGCCGCCAUCUCCAACGACUUUAAAACCCAGUACACAAGCACCUGUGACGCAAUCCAGCAACACUUCACAGUCUUCUAUAACAACACCAACACAGCAACCUUCAACAGCAGCACCAUCUCAGCAACCCUCAGCUGGGGCAGAAGAGCUGCAACCUGCGACAUUGGCACCAACACAGCAACCUUUAACCGCAACACUAAUACAACAGCCGGCUUAUCAGGCAUCAACAACAGAUGCCCUCCUGAACACAACACAUGAUUAUGGGUUUAUUCUCCAUCAAUCAAUUUUAUUCUAUGAAGCCCAGCAAGCUGGCAACCUUACAAACAACAGGAUUUCUUGGAGGAAAAAUGCUACCACAUUAGAUAGAGGGAUUAAUGGAGAAGAUCUGACUGGAGGAUGGUAUGAUGCCGGUGAUAUAGUGAACUUUAACCUCCCUAUGGCCGGUUCCACCACAAAUUUGGCCCUAGGUUUGUUGAAUUGGAAGGACGCUUAUGAGAAGGCUGGGGAACUGGAUAAUAUGUACAACUCAAUUAAAUGGCCUUUAGACUACUUCCUAAAGUGUUGGAACACCAACAAGACGAUUUACUACGCACAGGUAGGUAAUGGUGCUCAAGAUCAUUCCAAAUGGCGACGGCCAGAGGACAUAACCACCCCAAGGCCUGCCUAUUACCUGGACAGCAAUAAAAAAGGAAGUGACGUGGUAGGGGAGACUGUGGCCGCCAUGGCUGCCGGAGCUAUGGUCUUCAAAGAUAAAGAUCCUGCAUAUUCCCAAAGACUUCGUUCCAGUGCCGAGAGCUUAUACAUUUUUGCCAAAACAAUAAAAGGUUUAUACAACAGCGACAUUAGUGAUGCAGGUAGUUUCUACAAGUCGUCUCGGUAUCAAGAUGAAUUGUGUUCCAGUGCGACACUUCUGUACAUGCUGACAGACAAUACUACCUAUCUAACAGAGGCUGAGUCUUUUUAUAAUGAAUACGCUACAGACAACGCGCCUUGGGCUUUCGACUGGGACGAUAAAACCGCUCUUUGCCAAGUAUUAUUGUACAACGCUACCCAGAAAUCUGUGUACAAAUCUAGAACGGAGACCUUUGUGACAGCAUAUAUGCCGGGUGGUUCCCUCCCCUAUACUAAGUGUGGACUAGCAUUCCGAUUAGAAUGGGGUUCAUUACGAUACUCAGCUAAUGCAGCGUUCAUCUCCUUGCUGGCUGCACAGAAUGGCAUUGGUGACGCAGAUUCUUACAAGACGUGGGCAAUGUCACAAAUUCACUAUAUGGUUGGCGACAACAACAAGAACUUUAGCUAUGUGAUUGGUUAUGGAUCUAGUUAUCCUUUGAGACCGCAUCAUAGAGGAAGUUCCUGUUCGCCUGCGCCUGCACCUUGUAAUUGGAAUUCAUUCGGAAGUAAAGACCCUAAUCCCAACAUCCUUUAUGGCGCUCUGGUUGGUGGACCAGAUCAAAAUGAUUCCUAUGUUGAUGAGAGAGACAACUUCAAAACAAAUGAAGUGACGUGUGACUACAAUGCCGGGUUUCAGUCCGCGGUAGCAGGAUUACUCCAUUUCGCUCUAAAUGGUGAUCUUCCAGUUGCUCCAGCACGGAAAUGGCCCACCGUUACCAUACUAACCCCCAGUAGAAAGAUGGGUUAUUUGGGUAGAGUUCAAAUGUCACAAUGCGUAAGAAACAAUCCGUUCAAUUGCAACUCGAAUAGCCCAAUUCUUACUCAGGUGAGAACCGACGGAGCAGCUAUCGUUUGGUUUAGUCUGGCCAUCGUCUGGGUCCUCACAGCCGCCUGUACCUCUGCUUAUACCGUCUCUAUACAGACAAAAUCUGACUGGUGGCAGGGGUCUGUGCAUUAUUUCAAUGGUUACUGCGAGCUUCAGAUAGAUAAAACAUAUAAUAAAGAACAGGUGACCGUGGAAAUGAGACUGGACACACCAACCAACGACCUACAGAUAUGGAAGCUAGCCAUGGAUAGGAAAAAUACUGACGGAACAGUGUACUGGCUGUACAAUCCCGAAUACAUGCACGCGGGAGUAGAGACAGUCGAUUUUAUCCUUAAGUACAGUGAAAACAACAUUCCUUCUGGAGUAUGUAUAACUAAUCUUCCAUCCCCUGACCAAUCAACAACAACAACGUCAACAACAACAUCAUCAACAAGUACAAGUUCUCCCACUACCUCCGCCACAACUACAACUCCCUCAACUACAACUCCCUCAACUGCAGGAACCGAAACGACACAAUCUCCUGGAAAUGGAGUGUAUGAAGUCCCUGUUGUUAAGGUGGAGGGUCCAUGGGGUGGCGGUUCUUCUUGGGGGUUCAAGGCGAAGUGUAGCUUUGAAGUAACCAGUUCCUGGCCGACUGGAACAUUUCUGGUCGAUCUGAAUCUAAACCAGGAAACGUCCAAUCUACAGAUAUGGAAAAUGGAUGUAUUAAACAACAUUAAUAAUGGGGUUCUGUACAAACUAGCUAAUAAAUAUUGGGUCUCGCCGGGCUCGUUUGAAUUCAGCUUUAUAGUAAGUUACACUGGCGAUCAAAACAGCUACCCGAGAGCGCACAACUACGGCCUCAUUCUAGAGAAGUCCAUCCUAUUCUACGAGGCCCAGCAGUCGGGGGAUCUGCUCCCUAGCCACCGUAUUGAUUGGCGGGGAGACUCGGCUCUUGGGGAUUCCGGAAUUUACGGGGAGGAUCUAACUGGUGGAUGGUAUGAUGCCGGUGAUGGGGUGAAAUUUAAUUUGCCUAUGUCUGCGUCAGUGGUUAACCUGGCCGUGGGGUUGAUCAGAUGGGGAGAUGCUUACCAGGCCUCACAGCAGCUGCAGCACAUUUACAACUCUUUAAAAUGGCCUCUUGACUACUUUCUGAAAUGCUGGCGAAAUGACACCCAUAUCUACUAUGCGCAGGUUGGUAAUGGUGAUGUUGACCACUCUUACUGGACUCGUCCGGAGGACAUGACUAUGUCCAGGCCUCCAUACUUUCUCAACACCACUAAGAGAGGAAGUGACGUAGCAGGGGGUACUGCAGCAGCUUUGGCGGCAGGUUCCAUCGCCUUCGUGAACAAAGAUCCUUCAUAUUCAUCUACACUAUUGGCGAGUGCUGAGAAUCUCUAUGCAUUUGCAAAGGCACAUCCAGGAACAUAUAACAAUGAUAUACCAGAGGGAGCAAAAUUUUAUCGAUCAUCGGAGUACAAAGAUGAGAUGUGUGUUAGUGCCGCUCUCCUUUACAAGGCCACGGACAAGCAGGACUAUCUCAAUGACGCUAUUGGUUUCUACAAUAGCUAUGAUCAUAGUGGCUGGGCCUAUGACUGGGAUGAUAAAACUAUGCUCUGUGACGUUCUUCUCUACGAAAUUACACAAGACACAACAUAUAAGACUGCUGUUGAAAAUUUCAUCACUUCUUAUAGACCAGGUGGCUCUGUGUCCUACACGCCGUGUGGACUCGCCUGGAGACUGGAAUGGGGGCCACUGAGAUACUCUGCAAACGCAGCCUUUAUUGCACUUCUGGCAGCGGACGUGGGGAUUGGGAACGCAGUAACAUAUAAGGAGUGGGCAAUGUCACAAAUUCACUAUAUGCUAGGCGAUAACGGCAAUGAUUUCAGCUACGUUGUCGGCUACGGUACCAAUUUCCCAUUGAGACCACAUCACCGUUCCAGUUCUUGCGAUUCAGACAGUAUUUGUGAUUGGAAUGACUUCAACAGAGACGGUCCCAAUCCGCACGUGCUUGAAGGCGCUCUUGUCGGUGGUCCCGGAGUGAACGAUUACUACGAGGACGAGAGAGACAAUUAUAAGACCAACGAAGUGGCGUGCGAUUAUAAUGCAGGUUUCCAGUCUGCCGUGGCCGGUCUUCUUCAUUUCGCUGUAAACGGUAACUUGCCUGCCGCUCCAUCACCGUGGUGUUGAAUGAAAACGUCUUAAUUUUCCCCAACAAAUAUAAGUAUACGUCAAAUAUCAUAUAAUUAGAACAUUGAUUUUACUUUUCUAGCAAUGCCUCAUUUUCAUAAGCAUCACUUUUUUUGUUUGGUUUAUUUUAUUUACUUGUAUCAUUAACGCAUAUUCAUUUAGGCUAUGUAAUUUUUGUAUCUUUUAGAGAUCGCAUACACGAAAAAUAAAUGUGCAUUUAGACACACAGUUCAUAAUUAAGGAAUCAGUGGGUGAACUGUUUUUAUUGGGUCAUGUAAGAUGAAUCUGCUUUGUUUUAACGUCAAGUAUCGCUAUAUUUCUGAAUAUAUAUAUCAAAUUGUGGUAUGCUUUUUUAUAUGUACAUUUGAAAUAAAAUGUGGAUCUCUA